CUCUCUCUCGCACACACACACACACACACAUUCAAGCUUUUCCUUUGCUAACUGCAGAGCCAGUUUUCUGACCAUCCCGACUGACGGACAUUAGGGUUGUCAAAAUGUUGAUCGUAACAACUGUUGUGAUGGUCGUUCGGGGUUUUAAAUCCAUUGGCAUGAAAUGGUGUGUGAAAUGGACAUUAAAGUGUUGGAUUGCCACUGAUUUCUCAAGGUCAGGUGCCCAUCCCUCUGUGACACUCGACUAUUGUGUUGGCAGCAGAGUCAUCCCAAGGCGACGCAGUCAUUUCAUUGCUGCUUUGCAAUUCUCGGGAGGAGGUAGAACAACCUCAGAGCCAAAUAUUAAAACUCUUCUCUGUUUGGUAGACUGAAAAUUGGGAGAUAAAAAGCAGAGCUCUGUGAAACCUUUCUGGAUAGCAUCAGCAUAUCACUCAUUUCUAUUUUUUCUAUUUCAGAAAGAGGUUAUGAAACAACUUGACUUUGGUCCCAUGGCUUUGACCCAGAACCUGAGGUUUAUAAUGUUUAGGUAAUAUCUGAAUGUUGCUUUUCCAUAGAGGAAACCAAAGUGCAACAACACACAUCUACAGUAAGAAGGUCUACACUUAGACACAAUAUUUUCCAGAAACACACAUUUACAAUAAUAAAAUUGCGUUAGCACAGUCAACCAGCCAAAGUGAAGUGAACCAUUUCCUCACAUAAGAGCUAUCUGUCCUUUAGCUUCCAUAGAAGGCAUCUGAUGCAAGGUGCAGUCUGGAUUUUGUGCCAAAUCGUGCCGGUGUGUUUGAGGCAUCCAGAGAACCCUGGGAUACCUGCUUUUUGGGCUAUUUUGUCCACAAGGUUGUUUCCUUCCAGAUGGCUGGUCAUCCUCUGACGCAAUGGGGUGGAUUCGGCUGAUAUUCGUGGAUUCCUUCUCUUUCGGAAUCAGGACUCCUCCUACUCUGUUUUAUGCUUUGGGUAUGAUUCCCUUCUCCCAAGCCACACUUUUUAGUCUGCACUGGAAGCAAAAAACAUCAGGAGGACUCUUGUAUAGUCGAUAUGUAACUGCCUGUUCCACUUCCCUCCACUUUGAAGGAUUGACGUCUAUCUGGUGUGUUCGUUUGGUGGGAUAUCCGAUGAGCUGUUUGCACUGGCCUCUAUCAUACACAUGGAUUCUUUACAGAUACUCGUCAAGCUCUGGCCUUGAUGACUUCAGGUUUCCUCCCUUUUCUUUGGGGAAAAUUGAUUUCAUUAUCUCGUAGUGGUCCUUGAAGAAAAAGAAAAAAGAAAGUCUGGAAAGACCUCUGUCUCCAUAAAUGUCCUUCAUCAGGGGUGCUGAUGUCCUGGGAACUAUGCUGAGACUCUGUUCGAUUGACUUCCUUCAACUGACUUGAUUGACUAUUCAAGGCAGUCACUGGAGGAUGCUUUCAAAUAUAGGUGAUGUUAGAAUCCGAAGUGCCACCUCUUAAAUUGUCAUGCUCCCAGUGGUGAUGGUAGGCUCACUGAUCUGCGCUACUCCAGUGUUGAGAAAGGCGUUCUGGCGUUACAGAACCACCGCCCUCUACAUCUGCCUAUCCUUUAUUGGGAGACAAAAUGGGGUCUUUCAUCCCCAGCCAGAGCCAAUGACUACUCUGCUCUGCUACCCCUGAUAUUUCUUUGAUGACAUGGCAAAGGGCUUGUCCGCUCAUCCCCAGGUCCCUCAUCCGUCUUACAUUUGAUGUUGACAGGAAUCUCCAACAUCCAACUUCUUCUGGGCAGUUCUUUGGUCUUUGCUCUCCAACCCCGGUGUUCUGCCUCCGCUGCAAGCGCUGCAUCGCAGUUUCUUUCUUGGGAGGAUUUCUGCACAGCAUCCUCCCAAGGGACUACGAACUCCACAAAAUAUACAGUUCAGUUUCAGCAGAGAAUGCCAUUUCAUACUACGAUUCCAAAGCGGAUUCAGACUAUACGGAGGAUGGAGAAGAGGAAAACCCGCUGGAGAGCGCGACGUCUUUGGAGCUGGAGUUUGUGGAUGAUCCCAAUUUUAAAAACAAGGUCAACUACUCUUCCAGCGCGGUCCAGAUCCCUACAGACAUAUACAAAGGCUCCCCCGUCAUACUAAACGAGUUAAACUGGACCCAGGCGCUGGAGAGGGUCUUCAUUGAAAACCGUAAGGAGGACGGCUCUCUGCGCUGGCAGGUGUUUGGCAGUGCCACAGGAGUGACUCGAUAUUACCCAGCCACUCCAUGGAGGGCUCCCAACAAGAUUGACCUGUACGAUGUCCGCAGAAGACCUUGGUAUAUCCAGGGUGCAUCGUCUCCAAAGGACAUGGUCAUCAUCGUGGACGUGAGUGGAAGUGUUAGUGGACUCACUCUGAAGCUGAUGAAAACCUCUGUAGUGAAUAUGCUGGAGACUCUGUCAGAUGACGACUAUGUGAACGUGGCCAGGUUCAAUGAGAAGGCCGAUGCUGUUGUUCCGUGCUUCAGGACUUUAGUUCAAGCCAAUAUUCGGAACAAGAAGAUCUUCAAAGAGGCCGUCAUGCAUAUGCAAGCCAAAGGAACCACAGAUUAUAAGUCUGGCUUCACAUUUGCCUUUGAACAGCUUCUCAAUGAGAGCAGCGCCCCGAGGGCCAACUGCAAUAAGAUGAUAAUGAUGUUUACAGAUGGCGGGGAGGAUCGUGCACAGGAAAUCUUUGAGAAGUACAACUGGCCCAACAAAACAGUUCGUGUCUUCACCUUCUCUGUUGGCCAGCAUAAUUAUGAUGUCACCCCUUUGCAGUGGAUAGCUUGUGCCAAUAAAGGUUACUACUUUGAAAUUCCAUCAAUUGGAGCCAUCAGAAUCAACACGCAGGAGUACCUGGAUGUCCUGGGUCGUCCCAUGGCGCUGGCUGGGACUAAAGCAAAGCAGGUGCAGUGGACAAACGUCUACCAGGAUGCUCUGGGUUUGGGCCUGGUCAUCACUGGAACGAUGCCGGUCUUCAACCUCACUGUUGAUACUGCAAGCUCUCAGAACCAGCUCAUCCUCGGAGUCAUGGGAGUAGAUAUUGCAAUCAACGAAAUUAAAAGGAAGACACCUACAUACAGACUUGGAGCCAACGGCUACACCUUUGCCAUCGACCCGAAUGGCUACGUACUGCUGCAUCCCAACCUGCGACCCAAAAUCAUUAACUUCAAGGAGCCCGUCACUCUAGACUUUCUGGAUGCAGAGCUGGAGGACAGUAACAAGGAGGAGAUCCGUCGACAGAUGAUUGAUGGCAAACCAGGGCAAAGGAAAAUCAAGACGCUCAUUAAGUCAGUUGAUGAGAGGUACAUCGACGAGGCCAUGCGUACGUACACGUGGACGCCUGUGGAUGGCACAGAUUACAGUCUAGGGUUGGUACUGCCCACAUAUAGUGAGAACCACAUCAAGGCCAACCUGAGUGACCAGAUCCUUCAGGUGCAGUUGCCAUACACCAAGGAUUUUGAAUCUCUGCUGCCAAACAGUUUUGAGUCUGAAGGACAUGUAUUCAUUGCUCCCAGGGAAUACUGCAAUGAUCUGGAACUAUCCAACAACAACACUGAGUUCCUGCUCAACUUCAUUGCUCUCAUGGAGAAGGUGACACCGGACUCCAAACAAUGUGACAAUUUGCUUCUUCAUAACCUGAUUCUGGACACUGGCAUCAUCAGGCAGCUAGUUGAGAAGGUGUGGAAGAACAAAGACCUGAAUACAUAUGGCUUUCUGGCUGUGUUCGCUGCAUCAGAUGGAGGUGUAACAAGAGUGUUUCCGAACAAGGCUGCAGAAACCUGGGAGGAAGAUCCUGAGCCAUUUAAUGCCAGCUAUUACCGCCGCAGUCUCGACAACAAGGGCUACAUCUUCCGAGCACCUUAUCGAACAGCCCAGGACGAGCCGCUGAACCCAGAGAACGACACCAUAGGGAUCCUGGUCAGCACGGCUGUGGAGAUCACAGUAGGAGGGAAGACCAUCAAACCUGCAGUGGUCGGAGUGAAACUCGACCUUGAGGCCUGGACGGAUAAGUUUAAGAUUCUUGCAAGCAACCAUACAGACAACCAUCAGGGCUCAAAUACGUGUGGACCAAACAUGGGCUGUGAAAUGGAUUGUGAAGCCAACAGUGAGGAUCUCCUGUGUUAUUUAAUAGAUGAUGGCGGAUUCCUGAUCAUGUCUAAUCAGAAGGACGACUGGAGCAAGGUGGGCAUGUUCUUCAGUGAUGUUGAUUCCUACUUGAUGUACGCGCUCUACAAUAAUUCCUUCUACAACCGCAAGCAGUCGUUUGACUACCAGUCUGUGUGUGAACGGAUGCCCAACAGUGAAGCUGGAGCUGCACCCAGAGGAGUGUUUGUGCCCACAAUUGCAGAUUUUGCAAACGUGGCUUGGUGGACAUCGGCAGCUGCAUGGUCCUUGUUCCAACAGUUUAUAUAUGGACUGGCUUAUCACAGCUGGUUCGUCACAGAUGAGGUGGAUGCAGAAGGAAUCGACUCCAAAGAGCGGAGUUGUGUAAUGAUCCAGACCCAGUACUACUUAAGUAAUCUCAGCAGCUCCUACAACAUACUGCAAGACUGUGGCAACUGCUCCAGGCUGAUUCAUGCCAAGAAGAUAAACAACACCAACUUGCUGUUUGUGGUGGCAGAGAAGAUGCAAUGCCAAACCUGCGAGAUAGAAAAGCUGUCCCAGGAGGAGGAGGAGUUCAGGGAGGAAAAUCCAUGUGAAGAACUGACUGUGGCGCGCUAUCGGAAAGGACCUUCCACCUGCUUUGACAAUAAUAUCUCUGAGAACACAUCGGACUGUGGACGGGGACACUCCUUCCGUCCGUCCCUCUACACCUUACUGCUCAUUCAGCUGUUUUUGCUUUAUCCAGCCAUCAGCCCCCACUGUCACUCUCCACUACAUUAAUUCAACUUUCCUCCACCUAUCCUCCUUUUAGCCCUCCCGACCUAAACCCCCCCCCGACCCCACCUCACACCUCCAUGCCCCUAUGCCCUCAUGAUAUAGUCAUAUGUAUUAAUGGGACUUUCCUUCACGGCAAAUUGGAAGCCCUGAGUGCCGCGCUACCCAGCUCGCUUCAGUUUGUGUCGCUUAGUGACAACUGCCAGACGUUUGCGUCUUCAGCCAGUUAACCUUCAUCUGCAAGAGGAGUGGGUGGUGCUGGACCACCUGGAUCAUCAGAGGCAAUGUCUGAAAAGAGAAAACAAUCCCAAAUGACCACCCCACCACCUCCACCAUCCAGAGAAGGGAGGGGAAAGAGGACAUGCCGAUGUCCUUGCCACAGACCUCCUGCCUCAUACAGACUGGAGAGUUGAGUUUGUCCGUCUGCCUUCGGUCAGACAGACGUCGGGACUUCUCCCUCUUCUUCUCUCCUCCAUCUAAGAGUCUCACCGCUCUGUCAUUUGCCUCUGGUAAGAGGCUGUGGACCAUUCAGCCAGUUAUAGCCACCACAAAAGAAAAUAACAGAAAAAAAGAGCUGUCAAGUAUACAAAAUGUCAAGUAUAAUCGCUGAAGUGAUGAGUGUUCCAGACAAACAGUAUAUUUAGGUUUAAUUUGAAGACGAAGUCAUUAGGUGUUUAUCUAAAAAGACAUUCAUUUAUUUAUGCACUAUAUCUACUUGCCAAAAUGAGAUGGACUUUCAUGUGGUCUUAUUUUUUUAUAGCCAAAACACAAGGAGGAAAUGGCUUCUGAUUUAGAUUGAGGAUAAACCAUGAGAGGACGAGGAGACACUCAGAAACUGAAUGCAGAUUCAUUUUGUGCAGCGCCUAAUUACAGAUUAAAGCUUUUAAAAGACGUCCACUGCGGAUUAUGGUAAUGACACGAUGAUAAUCGCAUUUCUUGAAGUAUUUUUUUCUCAUAUUUACAAUUUAAGGCUAGUGCUAUCUGGCUGACACCGUAAUGACAGCUGUUAAAUAUGAAUCAGUAUUCGGUGACUGCAGAUUUGGAGCAUCGUUGAUGUGCGUUAUUCUCAAUCGACCAUUCUGACCUCUGGUUUGGGACUGAUGUUUAAAAAAAGAAUCCCUGUGCUCUCUGACAGGAAAGCUCACCUCUGCCAAUCCUCAUGAGGCAUCUCCAGUAACCUCUACUAACGCUCCUGAUCACAAUUUGUAUAUGUGCUUCACUUCUGGUCAUAGAACAUACACACCAAGAUCUCAGCCUCAUGACCGUCUCCUAAUAGUACUGGAUGGGCUUUUUCUUUUAUUUGGGGGCUUCUAGUACCUUUGAAUGAUGCUGUUCAAACUUCAAAACCAUUCGCUGCUGGGGGAUUGGGGCUUAUCAACAUUUCCAACAAAAGUGCAAAAGAGGCAACUAAAUAUGGUGAUCACGUACAGUAGUAGUCUGGUUGUAAUCCAUCGCAGUUCAUCAUUUGAUCAUUACGAUGUUUAGGAGCCGUUCUGUUUCAUAGUGCCUUGAUGCACUUUGUUUUGGACCACAUUGGCUGUAUAAGAGUAGAGCCACUGUAUAGUACCUUUAUAAAGCAGCCACCUUUGAGGAGCCUGUGAGACUGAAUCUGUCGGCUAUAGAAAUAGCUUCACACAGAGCCAUCGCACUGAUCGGCUCUCGCUUAAUGUAUUUGUCGUCACGACUGUGGUUGCUCCAGAGCCACCCGACUGCCAUCAUAUGGGGUUACUAUACCGUUCCUUUACAAAGCCAUGUAUAGAGCUAUGAUACACUAUCCAUAUACAGCAACUUAACUGGCCAUAGAGCAUUUUUAGGGCCACCUGACUGCUAUAGUUCUGCCUGAAUCGUAUGUGUUUGUGUGUGGAUGUGUGCGCGAGUGUUAGUUUGCGUUAAAACCCCUCAAAGGGAAUGUCUUUAAAAUGAGAAGUGGAGUGUAUGAGGGACGACAGUUGUGGUAGCAUAGCUGUUUUUUCCUGUUCCUGUAUCGCAACGGACAAAACCCAGUGUUGUUGUGGAGAAAAAAAAAGUGAUUUUACUGAAACAAACAGAAUCUAUCUUUAACCAUCAGUCUGCCUAAAUGUUAAUCUAAGAGAGCAGAGGUAUCCAAAAGAAUGUGUAGUUCAUCAGUGUUUUCUGCUUCAAAUGCAACAUAGUUAACAAAGCCUCUCUAAAUGCCUUAGUGUUACACAGUACGGAGCUCUGAUACGUUUCCCUCCCUCAUGUUCACUCACGCACACAAACAAAUAGAUCCUCCAAAAUAUUCACUCCCUGGGUUUUCUUGGUGUUCUGCAGUAAGUAUAGUGAGCUCUAAUUUUGUAUUUUUGCGUCUUGAAACGGUUCGUUAUUGAUUGAUGCCUGAUUGAUGUUUUGAUUAAAUGCUUGAAAGCCAAGUGGGAGUUUUAAAUUUCAAAAAGCCUCCGACCUUCAAUGUUCACACCCAAACCUCACUGUAUUGCUCCGGAGGGACGACUCGCGCUACAAUUUGAACCUUAACUACUCACUCUGUACAGUUGUUGGUACUAUUUGAUGUGACAAACAUGCUGGCACAGUAACUGCAGUGCGGCUCCGAACAAAUCUGACUCAGAGAAACAAAAGACCGUUCGAAAAUUGAAAUGAAAAAAAUGUCCAAUUUGGCUCCUUUCAGUGUUCAGUACCUAUCAUCUGAUGCCGGAUGCAGUUUUACUUUUCUGGCAUUUGUUUGUCUCUGUCCUGUGCCAUUUAAUUCUGUCUGUAUUUCCCCAUUUCCACUGUCUGUAAAUGAGUGCUACAUGUGCCUGUGGAAAUGUACCCCCUGCAACUUCCUCUCUUUACCUGGUUCUGUACGCUUACAGUCCUCACACACAAACUAAGUAUGUAGGCCUACAGUUUGUUUUGCACCGCAACAUUAUGCACAACACACCUAACAGCGAACAUGUAAUGACACUUAGUCACGCCCAGCUGGGAGAUGUCAAUCACCAGGCAGAAGUAAGCCAAGGAUGUCACUUCCCAGGUGUUUUUUUGGUGAGCGGGUGGGAAUGUCAGAGGCAAGCUCAGGGAGUGGGUCUCCACAGAGCAGCACGGUCCCGUCGAACAGCAGGUCAUGGAGGAAUCAUGUUGUGACGUCUGUGUGCGCAUCCCGACAGAAAAAAAAUAAGUCGUCUGAAGGGACCACACGUCUGAUUUCUGUGGUUUGACAAAUUUACUUUUGCCAAAAAAAAAAAAAAAUGAAAAAAAAAUAAUUGAGAAUUGGACCAGCUUGGGAAUGAUGAGAGGGAGGGGUCAGCUUUAGGACAGGACCCUGGAAUAAGUAUGGGGUGGUUUUCAUAAAGCCUCUCGCCCCCUCCCGACCCUCGCUGCAUCUGUGUUGGUGCGUCUCUGUGGGAAAGAUACGUGCGUAUGUGAUUCUGUAGUCUGUAGUCUGGUGCUAUGUGACCAUGUUUGACAAGUGUGUUUAAAAAAUAACAGCAACAUUUAGAGAAGGAAAAAAAGUGUAAAAUCAGUCGAAUUUUCAGUGAAGUUAUAAAAAAUAUAGGAAUACAGCACUGUUGAUAAGUUUAAGAUCUGAAGUCAAAAUGUUAAUUUUUUUUUUUCUUGUGUGAGUGUGAAUGUCUGUGUGCUUGGAAGAUUUAGCUCCUUCUUUUCUGGACACUGGUCCAUGUCGCUCCAUUCUUUUGUACAGAUGAAGCUAAAAAAAAAAAGAAAAGAAGAAGAGGGCAAAAUUUGUAAAAUCUUGUGUCUGUGACUCCUUGUAAAAUAUUUUCAAAUUGUUUAUUACAGAGAAUCAGUUAUUAAAUAAUGUUCAUAUUUUUCACUUCA